CAAGUGUCGAGAGUUUGGCUUCAACAAUGUCGAUAGAAUCAUUAUUUAUCCCUCAAACUCACUUUCCAGAGACUGCAAGGAAAUCUACAUGGGCAUUAAUCAAAUCCCCAAAAUUUCAAAGGGUCCCUUCACGAAUCAGAAAUUUAUCAGCAAAGUCAAGUUUGAGCUUCGAAAAUGGUGGCUUCAAACAGUUAUCAAAUGGGGUUUGUGAAAAAGAUGGAGUUAUCAUCGUGGACCAUGGUUCGCGCCGUAAAGAAUCUAAUCUCAUGCUAAAUGAAUUUGUAGCCAUGUUUAGAGAGAAAACCGGGUACCCAAUUGUUGAACCAGCUCAUAUGGAAUUGGCUGAGCCAUCGAUAAGAGAUGCAUUCGGUUUGUGUGUUGAACAAGGGGCAGAUCGAGUGAUCGUUAGCCCAUUUUUUCUUUUCCCUGGAAGGCAUUGGUACCAGGAUAUCCCAUCGUUAACUGCUGAUGCUGCAAAGGAUUACCCUGGUGUAUCGUAUAUGAUAACUGCACCACUCGGCCUACACGAGCUGCUUGUGAACGUCAUGAAUGAUAGGAUCAAACACUGCUUGAGCCAUGUAGCUGGAGAUGCCGACGAGUGUGCGGCUUGUGCGGGAACAAGCAAAUGCAAGCUCUAUGGACUCAUGGAUGUGAUUAGAACUUAAGCUUUUGAGAUUGAAUAUAGGGAUCCAAGGUCUCCAAUUUUAUGGAAGUUGAGAUCGUUGCAUAUCAAAUAACCCAACAGUUCAUGCAAUUGCUGCAUAUAUACUAGUUUUCACUUUCUUGU